UGCUUACCUAACGCGGGCAAAGCAACGUCCUGUGUGGUUCGACCUCAGGCCUUCGUGGGUUCUGCCUUGUAAUUACUCCGUAGCAGGUGAGCAUAUUAUUUGCCUCGGCCAAGGUAGCGUUUCAUUUUCUGAAUCUUUCAUAGAUCUCUUUUACUCUGAUUUGUUCUUUGAUCUACCAACUGAGAAUCAUGUCUCAUCUUCAUCCCGCCGUCAUGGCUGUGGUCAUAGCAGUCGCAGCACCACUGGGCCUCUAUUGCGUUUUCCUGGGACUGGGAAUGACACCCUUCUUCCAGAGACAGUAUGUUUGGAUCGUGUCUUAUUGUCGAGUUAAUCGGUUUUAACUCUCUAAUCAGGUUUCUAUAUGCGCACAAAUUCAAUACAUUAUUAUGGAGUAAUGUCAACCAACCAGAACGGUGGGGUUUCGCUCGGAACCAAGUAACUCCGUUCUCACUGAAGACGCCUGACGGCGAAUCAAUAUACGCCUGGCAUAUCCUACCACUCCCUCUAUAUCUACAGAAUGAGGCCAAGAUAGAAUCUCAAGAGCCGGGUUUCUCGGCAGACUUCACCAAGACCGAGUCAUUUCGUCUACUGAAGGAGGAUCCAGAAUCUCGCUUGGUGUUAUAUUUUCACGGUAAUGCUGGUCAUAUCGCGCAAGCUAUUCGACCUCUCAGCUAUCAUUCCUUGACUGAUACUUCCUCAUAUCAUGUUAUCGCCAUCGACUACCGAGGAUUUGGUCAUUCUACGGGCACCCCUUCAGAGACUGGAGUAAUUCAAGAUGCCGCAACACUCAUUGAGUGGGCUACCAACGUGGCAGAGAUCCCACCAAGUCGCAUAGUCCUGCUCGGGCAGAGUUUAGGUACUGCUGUGGUCAGUGCCGUUGCUGAAAGGUAUGCCCUCCAGGGCGUCGAAUUUGCAGGCAUUACCAUAGUCGCUGGCUUCAGCGAUCUUGCAAAUCUCCUGUUGGGUUAUCGAAUCGUGGGUAUCUUCCCUGUACUUGCUCCCUUCCGCAUGUGGCCUUGUCUCGUGCGUUUCAUCCAUCGCUUCGUUGUCGACAAGUGGCAUUCAGACAGACGGCUCGCCAACGUAGUCCGCCAUACGAAGACGAGGCUCAGGCUUAAUUUGAUUCAUGCAAAGAAUGAUAGAGACAUUCCUUGGACAGAAGACAAUAAGUUGUUCAGAGCCGCUGCCCAGGAGACUCUUGGGAUUGUGGAUGACAAGGACUUCGAGACUUGGAAAGAAGAGCGCACCAUCCGCAAGGGCAAGGAUGCAUUUGUGACCACUUGGACUGCUGAACCCAACAUGAUUAUCCGCCAAGAGCUUUUCCCAUAUGGUGGUCACAACGAUAUCAUGGGCUAUGCGCCUGUUGCGCUGGCCAUCAUGAGGGCAUUCGAUCUUCACGGAACGACUUACAGUGAUGAAUAAACUGGCAGGACACAUCCAUCAGGACAGUUUUCGACAUCUAAUAAGUGACAUCUUCGUAAUUGCCCUAUCAGGUUGCAAUGCCAACUCAUACAUGAUUUCUUAGUAAUUACUCUGCACAGUUCGACAAACGACGUGGAAUUUGCUACUUUCUAGAUCCUAACUUUGAAGUUUCCAUAUUUCUAGGCAUAUGUUCCUAGCGCUACAUACUACUCCUCUACAAGGCGGCGCAUGUUCGUGCCGGUCCUAGAGGAUAGAUCACCAUGAAAGACAUAAGAAACCGUAAGGCCUUUCAAUAAAUGGUCUUAUAGGCGAUGUUUUCCGUCACUAAAGUCCCGUAAUGAUUCAAUAUUAUAAGUAGCCACCGCAGGGCUUCU